UGUAAGCUUGUUUGUUGGUUUCAUUAGCCGUACUCAUCAGCGAUUCCAGUGAGUUUCGGAACCUAGUGCGUAGGUCAAACAAAUGCGCUAGUGGAUCCAAUCCCCAGUGGGCAGCCUAUCCAUUGGGUUCCCGAAAGCCCAAAAAGCCACUGAAUCGAAAUGUGCGAGCGAACCCACAAACUUAUUGAACUCUGCAAAGAGCAUGAAGCUGCUUCUUCUAAUUGUGGCGUCACUUUUGGCCAUCGCUUCAACAGCACCGCAAUGGGCCGACGAUUGUGAUUGUGGAAAGGAAGGCGGCAAGAUGUUCAAAAGAUCACCGCAGUGCUUCGGCCCUGAUUGUGUGGGUGGAAGAUGCGUUGGUCCUAACUGCUGGAGGCGUGGAUUUUAAAGCUGGAAGUGAUGUUCGUGUACCAACCAGUCGCUUUGAGGGCGACAAUGUUUUACUCAUAUUAAGCUUGAGUAAAGUGGUUGCAGAUUCAAAA